UUUUUUUUUUCAAUAAAAAACUAGAGUUUAGAAAUGGAGGUCUUAUCGCCUAUUACAAAUAAUAAUAUCAAAACAGAUAUGCCAUCUGAAAUGAUGGCGGCCGCUAACAAUACUCCUGCUACAUCAGCAUAUCCUACUUUUGCAGGAGAUUCUACUGGUAUCGCCAACCUACCAAAUCAAAGACAUAAAAUUGUAGCUAAAAAUGGUGCCAACUUUACAAUCAUGGUGUGCGGUGAAUCUGGACUUGGUAAAACGACAUUUGUAAAUACUCUUUUCACAACUACUAUCAAAGAACCCAUGAACUAUAAUAAGAAACGUGCUCCUAUCAGCACUACUGCUACCGCUGGCAGAUCAAAUAGAACGGUACAAAUUCAAAUUACCAGAGCAGAAUUGGAAGAAAGGCAGUUUAAGGUCAAACUAACGAUUAUUGAUACACCUGGUUUCGGUGACUAUGUAAACAACCGUCAUGGAUGGAUUCCUAUCAUCAACUUUAUUGAUGAUCAACAUGAAAAUUACAUGAGACAAGAACAACAACCCUGUCGUAAAGGGGUUAUUGAUAUGAGAGUACAUGCUUGUCUUUAUUUUGUCAAGCCUACUGGCCAUACGUUAUCUCCUUUGGAUAUUGAAGUAAUGAAAAGACUUGGUUCACGCGUAAACCUCAUCCCAGUGAUUGCUAAGGCAGAUACUCUGACACCCAACAAUCUAGCCAAAUUUAAGCAGAAUAUACGGGAUGUGAUUGCUGCUCAGAAUAUUCAAUGUUAUUCUGCUCCUAUCGAAAGCGACGACGAAAAUAGUUUAAAGCGUAACAUAGAUACCAUGGCAGCUAUGCCUUUUGCUGUCAUUGGCUCGACUCAAGAUAUCACGACACCUGAUGGUCGUAAAGUCAAAGGACGUGGGUACUCAUGGGGCGUUGCUGAGGUAGAAAAUGAAGAGCACUGUGAUUUCAUAAAGUUGCGACGUGUUUUGAUUCGAAGCCAUAUGUUGGACUUGAUUACAACCACUGAAGAAAACCAUUAUGAGAAUUAUCGACAAAUUCAAAUGGAGACACGUAAAUUUGGAGAUCCUAGAGUGGAACGUGAUGAAAACGCCAAAUUUGCGGAAGAGGAAGAGCAAUUACGUAAGAGCUUCACUGAAAAAGUAAGAUCCGAAGAGAACCGUUUCCGUCAAUGGGAACAGCAGCUCUUGGCUGAAAGGGACAGACUCCAUAAAGAAUUAGAAGCCCAAAGUGAAAGGAUCAAAGAGUUGCAAUAUGAAAUUGAGGCUUACUAUACCAAUAGCUCUAGUGCUUAUCAGCGUGAAUCACCUAGAAAUAACGUAAGAAGAUAGACCAGAUAGAUUCCCUUACCUCUUUAUCCAACAACCAAAAAAAACAACCCAAAAAAUAAAUAAAAAUAAAAAAAAAAAAACCAAAAGAAUACAAGAAAACAGUAGCUUUGCUCUUUGAUUGUCCGCUUCAAAAUAAACGAAUCAGGAAGUUGAACCUUCCUUUAACUGACGACAAAAAUCAAGCAGGGAG